UGGGGCCCCCAGGCAAUAGGGGAUUAUGGGACCCCUGUGUCCUUGCCCAAACUCAAAAAAGCCUAUGAAAAAGGUUCACAUAUAUGCGAUGUGAGAAACGCAGCGAUCCCUGCACAUUUCCCGCACUGCAUUGCAAUCACACUGUGUUUGCAAUCUGCUGAGGGCAGGGGCGGACUGACAACUCAUGGGGCCCCCGGGCAAUAGGGGAUCAUGGGGCACCCUGUAUCCUUGCCCAAACUCAAAAAAGCCUAUGAAAAGGGUACCAGGGGCAUCUCAUGGGGCCCUCUCUACUGACCCAGGGCCCUCAGGCAGUGCCCGAGUUUCCAAAUGGUCAGUCCGCCCCUGGC